UUCUUCUGAUGGCUAUUCCUAUAUUGGAUUGGGAAUGAUUAUUUAUGGUUACAAAAAGCAAUGCAUCUUUAGGAAGAACAAAACAAUUGGAAACUUAAACAUCACUUAAUGUGUGAAACUAGGAGCUAAAACAGAAAUUCCUUCCUCUUCACUCUGAUAUUGAUUCAGUGUUUGUUAGUACGGGAUUGAGUCUAGAUUAAGGGAAAAACCCAUAUCUUUCCCCAUCAACAUGAAUGUCCACUUACCUUGGUCUUCAAGAGUGGCCCAAAGGGGUUGGCCCCCUAUUUGAUGUUAACAUGUCUUGGCCCAUAGGCCCAACCCUAAACCUACUAGAGAGAGAGAGAGAGAGAGAGGAUAUUAGUUUUGAAUUGCACUGUUGAACUAACUAUCUAACUAAUACCCACCCCUAUAAUUGAAGAUUGUUUUGGAGUAGGUCUUCUAUUGUUCCACAUUUAAAUCAUUCUAUCUUGCUUCUAAAGCCAGCUUUUGGUAACACUACCAACUCCCUUUCCUUCUCAUUUUCAUACUUUUCAUACCCUUAACUACAUCACAAAACCUUAUCAUUUUCUUCUCAAGUUUCUUCUUCUUUGCUUUUAAUCACUUCUACCUUUCCCUUCUUGAAAAUAUGAGAGCCUUUGCAAAAUUUGUGGCUCUUCCCUUCUUCUCGGGUUGUGCUUCUCGCUCUACCGUCGCGACGGGUACGCCCGUUUCUACAACUGAAGGUCGAGAGCUUAAUGGUUCAGAUGUUAACCCGAGUGUAGCAAGAAGGGAAGAAAGUGAACACAAAAUUUCUGAAGUGAAAAUGAAGAACCCUUCUAGUUUCUUCAUUUUACUUAACAUUUCAAAUGGAGUUCAUAAGUUGGUCAGAAGCUUCAAAACUUUCUCCCAAUUAUUUGUUUUGAGGAAGGAGGAUGAAGAAGAAGUAGAGGAGGUGGAUAUGGAGAUCGGAUAUCCAACAGAUGUGAAGCAUGUGACGCACAUUGGCUUGGAUGGCUCAACCACUACAAACCCCAUUAAGGGAUGGGACAAUAAUCUCACUGACUUUCUCUCUUUCCCUUCCAUUUCUCUGAGGCAGUUUGAGCUGUCAAUGGCUGCUCAAGCUCAACCUCAACCUCCUCCUCUUCUUCUACAUUCAUGAUCAUUCUUUCUUUCUUUCUUUCUUUCUUUCUUUCCCUCUUCAAACCUUUUCAUUAUGAAUGUAGCUUUGAUGAUUUUAAGGAUCCUUAAUUUCCCUCCUUAAACCAUCUUGGUUUUUGGUUGGUUAAGGACAACAUGAUGUUUGUAUCAUAUGAUGCCAUUUUAUGAAUUUGUUUAUACUUCAA